CAACGUUAUUGACAAAGCCCUAAAUCAGAGCGCGAGAACAGUAGCGUCCUACCGCUGCAUUGCCAUGUAGCAGGCACGCAAUGCCAUGUAGCAGGCACGCCACUGCACCUGAGGGCCGCAGAGGCCGACACUGCAGUUGCUGAAACGGACCCUGAAGGGGAUGCCGGCCCUCCACAUCGGGAGGUGUCAUGGCCGGGACAAGGCAAUUGAUUCCACAAAGUAGGUAUCUGUACUGGCAAGACUCACAUUCCCACGCAUCGCUCUGUUCACUCGAAGCAUCGAUCCCACAUCCUCACCACCGUCACCACCGUCACCACCACCACCAUCACCACCAUCACCACCAUCACCACGACGACAAGCAACCAUGUCCUCCCGCCCGGAACUCGCCAACAAGCUCCCCAGCCUAAAGCGCUUCAUCACAACGCACAACCCGGCGACAAAACAAGCAGUCUUCUCCUCCGCGCUCGACGAGACGGUGAAGUGGGAUGCCAUCCCCGGUGCCACCUUCGGCCUCCCCUACGUGACCAAAGGGCACCCGGUGGACCUGACCAACGACGCAGACAUCGCCGUGUACACGCCUUUCCUCGAGAAAGCGCCCGGGCUCGUGACCUCGGGCGGCACGGUGCUGCGGUUCGUGGACAUGCAGCCCGGCGCUACGUCGCCGAUGCACCGCACGGUGUCGCUGGACUACGGGGUCGUGAUCGAGGGCGAGGUCGAGCUGGUGCUUGACUCGGGCGAGACGCGGGUGCUGCGGCGCGGCGACGUGGCCGUGCAGAGGGGCACGAUGCAUGCGUGGAGGAAUCUGAGCGGGGACAAGUGGGCGCGCAUGAUGUACGUGCUGCAGGAGAGCAGGCCGGUGGAGAUUGAUGGCGAGACGUUGGGGGAGGACUAUGGGACUAUGGAGGGGGUUCCUGCGUCGCGUUGAGUUUGAUUUGCAUGUCACUGGAUGAUUUCCGUGUUACGGAAUGGUUUCCGUGUUACUGAAUGAUUUCCGUGUUACUGAAUGAUUUCCAUGUUACUGAAUGAUUUCCGUGUUACUGAAUGAUUUCCAUGUUACUGAAUGAUUUCCGUGUUACUGAAUGAUUUCCGUGUUACUGAAUGGUUUCCAUGCUAGCACUCGAUCUGCCAUCGUACACCCCCCGUGCAAACCAACGCCAGCAACAGU